AUGUCAAACUAUGAAACAAUGAACAGUCAUAAACAGAAACUACCAACCGGAAAUAAACUGUAUAAAAUGCACGCGGUGACCUUUGACUUGCGCGUCGCUGGUUUGAAAGCCACCAAUGGUUGGUGGGAUGAACUAGAAGAUUUAUACGAUUAUGAGGCAAAUCCGGACAACAUCAUUACUAGAGAUAUGUCUACAACAGGCGUUGCACACUGGACACAGAUGGCGUGGGAUGAGACAAAGCAGAUUGGAUGUGGCAUUUCGAACUGCAACAGUCAGAUCAUUGUCGUUUGCCACUACAUGCCCAUGUAA